AUGCUCCGCUUUGUCCACCAUGUAAAACCCUCCGUUCAUGACAUCCUUCCUGCACCUUACGACCGACAGGGCACUAGGCCCGCUUGGCUGCGAUGGCACAACAGACGUUACACCCGCUUCGCGUUCCUUACUCUCGUCGCGCUCUCAGUUCUUGCCAUUCUACGCGGGUUUAAUGUUGGAGACGGGCUCCUGUACAUUGCAGAUCCACCAGAGAACCAUAUUUUCCCGCCUCUGUAUCCACAGUAUCAUGAGAGCGAGCUCCGAUUGUCUCAGCAUGAUCCAGGUUUGCCAUAUCCAGAGGGGAGGGAAGGAAAGUUUCUAUUCAUGGCCAAUCAUGUUCAUGCUUCUGGAUGGGGGAAUGUGAUGCAAGAGUUACUUCUGAACUCUUACUUAGCAUACAAGUCAGAGCGAGCCUUUGUAUUUGAUAACUAUACAUGGAAUCGGGACGGGUCAGACUAUACAGAUUAUAACGGCAAAUUAAUUCCAUCGCGAGUUCCCUUGUCCGCCCUAAUUCAGGGUCCCACUGUUGGUUCUCCGUUUCCCCCCGGUGAUCCUGCUCCUCGUGCUGUAAUCAAGGAAUAUUGGGAUCAAGUCUGUCCACAUCCAACCGUCAUCUUUAGCGAUGAAGUAACGAACACACUUCCCGGUGAUGCUUCCGCACAAGCAACACUUGAUGCGUGGGUCGAGAAGUUAAACUCGAUGUCCGAUCGCUGCGUGGAGAUUGACCGGGAAUCUGCACAGAUAUUCUCGAUAUGGAUAUUCGGCUCGACGCGUGCUCUAGACAUAUUCCCCGAUUUUGCCAAGUCCCCAAUCAUGACGCAAUUUCGCUGGUCCCCGCUCGUCGAGGAUGCGUUCAAGGCAAACCGCCCAAUUUUUUCUCCCGAAAAGGGUCUCCAGUCAUAUUUCCCCUUGUUCUCGUUGUUCAGCGGCGACAAUGCACCUUACACGAUGCUGCCCGGCCUGCUCGUAUUACACGUCCGCCGCGGAGACUUCGCCGACCAUUGUAUGCACUUGGCACGGUGGUCGUCUCGUUGGAACGGGUUCAAUUCAUUCACGGAGCUGCCUGACCAGUUUGAGCCACCACCCGGAGCUGGUUGGGGUGAGAAUACAGACGAAAACAAGGCAUUGUACAUGAAGCGCUGCUUCCCGACCAUUGCGCAAAUUGUCGCGAGGGUGGAAGAGGUACGACAGACGCCAGCGGGGAUUGGUUUAAAGAACGUGUAUAUCAUGACGAACGGCGCCAAGGAGUGGGUAGAUGAGCUGAAGAAGGCACUGAAGACCACAGGCCACUUUGAGCGAGUUACGGGUAGCAGGGACUUGCGGUUGAGCUGGGAACAGAAAUAUGUCGCCCAAUCAGUGGAUAUGCUCAUUGGCCAGCGGGCACAGGUUCUCAUUGGGAACGGGUUUUCGAGUUUAACCUCUAACAUCGUUAUGAUGCGUAUGGCGAUGGGGUUGUCUCCCAACAGCACUCGUUUCUGGUAG